AUUUAUAUUAUUUAUGAUGUUAUGUUAUUAUUUACGCAUGAAUAUUCCUCUGCAAGUUUUAAUCUCCCUAUUUUCUCUAUUAUUUGCAGUUGAAGUAAUGGACAAAUUCAAGUACCUCCGCGGCCAAUAUCAGAAAUGUUUACGGAAAAUCAGGAAUGCUCCAAGUGGUUCCGCGGCAACAACUCCUAUUAAGUGGGAGCAUUAUAAGACAUGCUCAUUCAUGCAAUCUGCAUAUGAUUUGGGCCCUACAGAAUCCAGUUUCAUACACCCUGAUGACUUGGAACCACAACAGAAGCAAGAGGUGUUGUAUGAGAGACCUAUUGAGGAUCUUGAGGAUUAUGAUAUAUCGGUUUCACCUGAUCAGCCCAAUACCAGUUAUACAAAAAACUCACAAGUGGUAAAAAAGAAGAGGAAAAUGAACAAGAGUGAUGCAGUGGAAGAAGGAAUGUUGAAGACCAUUGACAACUUGCAGGCAGUUUGUGCAGAGCAGGCCAGGAAAAAUACACGCCAUGACAUGGUUACUGAGUCUGUGAUGGCUGCCAUGAAGUUUUUCAGCAGUUAUGAAGAGGUUAAAAUGAACUUUACAGUACAAGUGAUGGAGCUUAUUGCAGCAAAAACCAGAGAGUGUCAAGCCAUAGAAAAGAAAAGGCAAGGCAAUAAUUAAGAUCACUGAAAUAUCAUGAAGUGCAAUAAAUGUUUUCAAACUGUGAUUUAUGCCAAUGAUUUAAUUUGUAUAUAGUCAUAUUAAGU